GCGUAACAUGAUCCUGAACAUAGAACUAAUGGGGAAGACAAAACAUGGAUGUGACUUUUCUUGUCAGGAAACUUUGUAGCAUAACCAGAAUGUUAACUUUCACAUGAUGGGUAGUAGAAUAACAUAACAUAACAUAACAUAACAUUAAUUGACAUGAAUUUCAAUUCAAUUAUCAAUGACCAAUCAUGCUCGAGUCUCAAAACACAUAUGGUGGAACUUUUGUAAAAUAAGAUUUUCACUUACACAUACUUCUAUCAAUUUUUCGAUAUACCCUUCAGCACUUUUUUCCUUUCAUCAUUAUUUGUUUCUUUUUUGAAUUUUCUCUUUCCUCUUUUGAAUAAUCACAAUGUUGUGUGUGGGUAGCUCUCUAUUUACUAGAGCAUUACACGCUCGUAGGGAUGAUAAAAGUAUCCACAACCACAAAUAUUCGUUAAGCGAGAGUUUCACAACAAGGGUUCCAGCUCUUGGUUUUAAGGUUUUGUCCCCGUGUCUGUUGGAAAAUUAGAUGGAAAUAAUUGGUUAAUAAUUGUACAGGUGAGUCUGUUCAUGAACCAAGCCAACCUUCCAUUUAAUUUGAAUUAGCCAACUUCAUUUUGUCUCCACGUGGUUAAUUAAAUGAGUGGAAUUUGAAUGAACAAAAAGACAUGUACCCUAUCUCCCAAUAAAGCGUGUCCCUCUGAGUGAAUGGUUGCUUCCUAAGCAAUGCGACCCUUCAUAAAAUGGUCGUUGCCAUGGAUAAAAGCACGUUUAAAUGAAACGAUUCAUGGUUUGGAUGAAGCAAUAUAUUGCUUCAUUAUCUAUAAAUAGAAGGACUCGGCUGAAGCAAGGGGAUAGAAAAAAAGGGACAGAAACAUAUACAUUCUUCUUCUUCCAUCAAAAGUUUCUAAGUGUGCUUUAGUUUCUUAAGCCUAGAUUCUAAACUGGUGGUAGUUUUAUUUCACGAAGAAAUUUCCUGUAACCCUAUGCUUUCGGAGGGUGGAAAUAUUUUUUUACGGAAAGUGAACGUAGUUCACGACUCCAUCAUAAUCCUAGUCACCCGGUCUCGGGCUUUCAUACAAACACCCUCGUCCCUCUUUUCUUCAACAAUCGUAAAUAAUAUUUUUCUUGUACGAUGGCUCGUACUGCUCCUUAUAAGGAACCUUCUCUCCAUGGAAAAAUUGAGAAAUUCGAUGGGGAACAUUUCCGUCGAUGGCAGAAGAAGAUGCGUUUUCUUCUUACUACUCUCAAGGUGGGGUAUGUGAAUAGUACCACAUGUCCGGAAGGUAACUUGGAGGAGGAAGGGGUCGACAAUGAGGAAUUGAAGAAGCGACUUCGUAAAAUGAAGAAGUGGAAGAAUGACAACUACCUUUGUGUAGGAUACAUACUCAAUGGUUUGUCGGACUCUCUAUUCGACAUUUAAGAAAUGUACGCCAAUGCCUCGGAGCUUUGGGAUGCAUUAGAGGCAAAGUAUUUGGCCGAUGAUGCAUCGACCAAGAAGUUUCUUGUAAGUAAUUUCAACACUUACAAGAUGAGCGAUUCUCGCCCAUUGAUGGAGCGAUAUAAUGAAUUGUUUCGAAUCUAUGGUCAGUUUACUCAAUACAAUGUGAACAUGGAUGAGGCGAUCGCUGUGUCGAGCAUAAUCGACAAACUACCACCUUCUUGGAAGGACUUCAAGCAUAUGCUUAAACACAAGAAGGAAGAGUUGGAUUUAACCCAACUCGGUACCCACUUGCGCGUAGAGGAAAACCUCAGGGUGCAAGAGGGUGUGAAGCCAAAGGAAUCUUCAUCGGUUCACAUGAUGGAGAUUGGAGAGUCUUCUUCCCAGAAGAAGGGAAAGAAACGUUCUCGCGAUAAGGGCUACAACUCAUCCAAGGCCGACAAAAACUAGAAAGCUAAGCCUACUUGUUGGAAGUGCGGGAAAUCAGAGCAUUUCAAGCGUGAUUGCCACAUGGAAAAAUCAAAGAAUAGUGGCAAUCGUCAUGUUGGGAAAGGAUCUAACGAUCAAGGCCCACAAGGUUCCAUUUCCACUUUUGAUUUUGAAUUUGAUCGAAAUUCGGGUAUGAGUUAUGUUUCACUAAUUAAUGAAGCUUAUUUUGUACAGGAUGAUGAUGUUGCUUGGUGGGUGGACUCUGGAGCUAACAUACAUGUAAGCAAGGAUCACAAAUGGUUCAAAACUUACAAACCAGUGGAAGACGGUUCUGUUCUCCACAUGGGCAAUGAGUCAAAUGCUCCAGUCGAAGGACGUGGCACCGUAGAGUUGGAAUUUACUUCUGGAAAGACUCUUGUACUUAGGGAUGUGUUACAUGUACCUAAGAUUAGGAAAAUUUUGGUUUCUGGAAGUGUACUAAAUAAACUUGGAUAUCGUCAAGUUUAUGACUCUGAUAGAUAUGUAUUAUCUAAAUCCGGAGUGUUUGUCGGAUUUGAUUAUUAUAAUAAUGGUAUGUUUAUGUUAAAUAUUAUUAAUAAAAUUAAUAAUAUUGUUUCCGCUUACAUGACUACCCUUAUUGAUUCGUCUUUAUGGCAUGCACAAUUGGGGCAUGUGAAUUAUAAGCGAAUGAUGACUAUGUCUAAAGAAGGAUAUCUUCCUUCUUUUGAUGCUCAACAAGAUAAAUGUAAAACUUGUAUGUUGACAAAAAUCACUAGAGAGCCGUUUAAGAACGUGCAAAGGGAGUCCAAGGUGCUUGGACAUGUACAUAGUGAUCUAUGUGAUUUACAUGGCACUCCUACCUUAGGGGGGAAGAAAUAUGUUAUCACCUUUAUUGAUGAAUAUUCGAGGUUUUGCUAUGUGUACUCGUUGCAAACUAAGGAUGAAGCCCUUAGUCGCUUAGGUAUAUAUAAAACUGGAUUGGAGUUACAACAAGAAGCAAAGAUCAAAACUUUGCGCAUGGAUCGAGGUGGUGAAUACUAUAAUCCGGCUUACUUCCAAAGUACGGGGAUCAUACAUGAGACCUCUGCACCAUUUACCCCUCAACAAAAUGGGAUAGCGGAGAGGAAAAAUCGCUCUCUAAAGGAUGUAACACUCUACCCUAUACAUUUUGUCUAAUCAUAUUGUUCAUACAAUUGCAGCGGAAUUAAUCUCGGGUGUUAAAUUAAUUAUCAAAAUUUACCCAAAUAAAAUUUCGACAUGAAUUAAUCACAGUCGCGUAA